AUGAAUAAAGAAGUUGUCUUCCAAAAUGAGGAGGGAAGAGAUGUUUUAUUUAUCAAAGAACAUGUGAAGAAUUUUCUAUUUAGUAUCCUUCAUUUGAGACAGGUUCAGGACCAAAGUGCUAAGAUGGCGGGGAGUGACGUUCGUGACAUCCUGGAUAUUGACACUGCUCCAGAGCAGGCCUUUAUCACCAAAGAUGCCCUCAUGAACAAGAGUCAGAAAAAGGUGACAAGGAAGUCGAUGGAUGUCUCCUUCAAGCGUCCUGAAGGAAUGCACCGGGAAGUGUGGGGCCUUCUGUGGACAGAUAAUAAAGAUUCCCCACCAAUUAUUCCCACGGACACCAAUCAAGGCUACAAACAAAUGAAGGCAAAAAUUGGUAGCAGUAAGGUGCGCCCCUGGAAGUGGAUGCCAUUCUCAAACCCAGCCAGGAAGGAUGGUGCUAUAUUUUAUCACUGGAGACGAGAAGCAGAUGAAGGCAAGGAUUAUCCAUUCGCCAGGUUUAAUAAGGCAGUGGAUGUUCCCGUUUACUCAGAUCUGGAGUACCAACAGCAUCUGCAUGACGACAAUUGGACACGCCAGGAAACUGACCACCUGUUUGACCUUUGUAAAAGAUUUGAUCUUCGAUUUUUAAUCAUACAUGAUCGCUGGGACAGAGAGAAGUUUCAUAAUAGAAGUGUAGAGGACCUAAAGGAAAGAUACUAUGGCAUUUGUAACAAUCUCACAAAGGUGAGAGCUCCACAAGGUACUGAACCAAAAAUACGGGUUUUUGAUGCCGAACAUGAAAGAAAGAGGAAACUUCAGCUUACAAAAUUAUUUGAAAGAACACCAGAACAGGUGGAAGAAGAGGAACACCUUAUUGCAGAGCUUAAAAAAAUAGAAUUGAGAAAGAAAGAGAGGGAAAAGAAGACACAAGACCUACAGAAGUUGAUUACAGCCGCGGACAGUAAUAUUGACAGUCGGAGGGCAGAGAAAAAACACAAUAAGAAAAAAGUACACCAACAACAGAAACUUAAAGAAGGCCUGCCAACUGUGGAACCAUCAGGCAUCAAGUUUGCUGAUUUCAAAGCAUCUGGUGUAUCACUUAGAAGUCAGAGAAUGAAGUUGCCAGCAUCCAUAGGACAGAAGAAGACAAAAGCUAUUGAACAAGUUUUAGAAGAGCUAGGAAUAGAGUAUAACCCCAUGCCAACGGAGGAAAUUGUAACACAAUUCAAUGAACUACGACAGGACAUUGUCUUAUUGUAUGAACUAAAGUUGGCAUUAGCAACAUGUGAUUAUGAAGUGGAAUCUUUGAGGCACAGAUUUGAAACUCUGGCACCAGGAAAGGCUGUAGAACCAGACCUGAUUAAGCCAGACACAAGUACAGCCAAUCUGGAAAUAUCUUCCAACCUUUUCAACCCUGUCCUCCUCACACCAGACUCUCCCUCCAGACAGAAGAAGUUGGCAGAGGCUAUUGAUGUUGUUGGGACACCAGGAACACCAAACAGGAAAAGAAAGGCUGCACUAGAGCAAAGCAACAUCUUGAAGAAGAUUAAACACUAAGUAUGAAUGAGAGAGUGGUUUACUAGAAGUAAACACAAGUAAGAAUGAGGAAGGGGUUUACUACAGGUACCACAUCCUCUACUGAGGAUCUCAGUGGUGUGUGUAGUCACAUGGGAGUUGUUUCCUGUGGUAGUCGGUCAUCAGGACAUACAGAAGAAUCUCCGAUGCUAAAGCUGUCAAGCAAAAAUAAGAGUGCGUAUUGUUCUGAAGUGAACUCCUUUUCCAGCUGAACACACACAGAUGUAGUGCUCAUUGUAGGUAAACUUUGAUGGAAGACUUCUUGAAACUAAGGAAAAUUUUUGUCAUUCUCCAAUGUUGUAUGUGAACUUCUUCAUAGGACAAGAAAUACAACCUGUUACAGUCUAUAGAUCACCAAUUCUUACCACUGAUUCAGCUGGAUUUUCAUUCAGAAUGUAAAAUCAUCCUGGAAUUCAUUUUCAUACCAUUUUGAAUUAGAGAUUUUUUCGUCUGGUAUUUUGAAAAACAAACUGUUAAAUUGCUGUCCUGUAACCAUGAGACAGCCAUUAUGCAGUGAGAGGUUAGAUUAGGAUCUGUGGUCCUAACCAUUUGAUGUUAGAUGCAUGUAUUUGUUAAAGAUGAAUGUUACGAAGUAUAAAUGGAUCUGACACGAGACUUGUUUAAAUGUGUUUUAUGAUACUUGGUAUGUGUGAUCAUAAUCAUGAAAAAUUAUGCUGAAAUGAAAUGAUUGCUUGUGCUGUUGUAGAAACAAGUGUAUGCUGACAAUAUUCUCUAGUUUAAUAGGAAUUGUCUCUGGAGAAGAAGAAAUGACAAAGAAAUAAUUACUUCAUAUCCAACAAGAGAAUCUCUGAAAUACGGCUGUAUUAAAAAAAAAUACAGCGAUAAGAGAUUUUUUAAGACAGACAUAGAAAAAAAAAUGAGUGGUUUCUCUCUUGGAGCUAUUCAAGUCAGAUAUUUUUCUCCAAUGGGGCUCCAAGAAUAAAACAAUUUGUUGUGUGGAAAGUGUUGAAGAAACUGUCUUGUUGGGUAGAUAUUACAUUGGAUCAGCCCCUCCAAAUGAACAGAAGUAUAUGUGCAAGUCUUUGUUGUAGUUCUUUUGAGUAUAUCUAUUAUACCAUGUGCACGGUCGAUAGUACCAGUUCAUCAGCAAAGCAAUAUCAGAUUAUGAAUGAAAAAAUAAAA